AUGCGUUACCUGCAAAACGGCCCGAGAACGUGGGCAUUCCCACUAAUCCUGGUUGCAGUUUCCCUUACAGGAUGCGAAGCGAGACCACGACCGUGGGCUGCUGAAAUUCCAACUGCAACAGCCAUAUUACCUUCAACUACUGGCGCAAAAUUACUCAGACCAACACCGUUCAAUUUUGCUCAAGCAUUCGUAGAAAAGAGAUUAAGGAAGAGAGAUGAGUACCCUGAUAGUGUUUGUGGAUUUAUUGGGGGUGACGUUGCAUCACCUGCCGUAUGUUCCUCGGAUUCGGCAUGUUUAUGGGACCAGGCACAUGGAGCUGUUGGAUGUUCAGCAACAGAAGGCGACGGCGAUUUAGCAGUUUACACGACUUGCGUCGACAGCAAUAACGAUGAUAUCGCUAGCUUGCAGAAUAACCCUUGGGCAUUUACUUGCUCAGAAGAGUGUUUUCGAAAUUCAUACGAGUCCAUUAGCGGUCAAGGAUUCACACAAUGGGGGUGUGGAGGGUCAGAUUCAGCGACAACGGUGCUUACACAACCGAGUGGUGUCGAUAACCAGAGUGCAAAAGUGUCUUUGACGUCUAUAGAUAUGACUACACCAUCGAGUUCAAGCUCUAUCGAAUCUUCUACAAGCACUUCUUCUUCUUCUUCUUCUUCCAGUCAACCACCUCCUAGUACGACGAGUUCGGAGCCCAGUAGUUCUAGCUCCGAAAACUCCUCUUCCACAGAUCCACCAUCAAGCACAUCUAGUGGAGAUAACCAGUCCUCGACCACCAAUGGUAAUCCUUCAUCUACUAGCAGUGGUUCCACUCCGACGAAUUCCAAUGGGACUUCGGCACCUGUGCCGCCGAGCGACUCGUCUACCAAUGUCGGUGCAAUUGCCGGCGGAGUCGUUGGAGGCGUUGCUGGCCUAGCGUUGAUUGCCGGUUUACUUUUAUUACUUAGGAGACGCAGUAAUAAGGAGAAACUUAAACGAGUCUCUACGGCUUCUGGCGCAAAUCUGAGACCCCAUGAUAUGGGUGAAGUUUAUGAACCCAAGGAACUAGAUGCCACGACUCCAGAAAUUCCGAGCGAGUUACCAGGAGAUUCCCCAAUGGUUGGACCGAGUAAGCCAGCCGCAGAACCGGUCGAGUUGCCAGGGUCUGAGGUGCCCAUGAGGCCAGCGCCCGAGAAGAAGGUGUAA